GCUGCUCACUGCAGUCCGCAGUAAAUCCACCGGAGCCCGUCAGAGUGCAGCAGACUGCAGUCUCCAUCACAUCACACCGCUCCGCCUCCCUGCACUCCCCUGGCAGGUGGAAAGGACACGCACAGCGGGGCCGGGACAAUGGCUUUCAUCUCAGUCUUGGCGUUGUUGGCCCUAGUGGUCUCUGCUGAAGGAAGUGUUGGACCGAGCACCAACACCAGCUUUUGCACCGAGUCAAAGGAAUGUCUGGAAUAUCAGCUGGUCUGCAAAACAGAUGAAUAUGAGGUGCGACACUACAGCCCCACUCGCUGGGUGUCAACAGACGCCGAAGCCUACUUCAUGGGCGUGGGUGCAGCCAUGGCUUUCAGGAGACUUUUCCAGUACAUCACUGGAGCCAAUGAAGGAGGCAUCCAGAUGGAGAUGACCGCCCCUGUCCUGGUCAAGAUCCCAGAGGAGACCAAGAUGUGGGAGCCGGCUAUCUACUCACUUAACUUCCCCCUGCCGGCAGCCUAUCAGGAGAAGCCGCCCGUGCCCACCAAUGACAAGUUGUAUUUCACUGAGAUGCCAGAGAUGGAUGUCUAUGUGAGGAGUUAUGGAGGCUGGAUGCUGUCAGUCACCUCCAGGCUUCACGCUCAUCUGCUGACUAAAGAACUGGCGAGGGUUCGUGCUUCUUACAACCACAGCUACCACUAUGGAGUCGGCUAUGACAGUCCCUUGAAGCUGUUGAACAGGCACAAUGAGGUUUGGUACGUGGCCGAGGGGGAGCUAGUUUGCACGGAUCCGCAGGAGCCGACCCCUGCGCACACACCCAGGCCAACUCAGGCCAACUCACCCACAGACUCUCCAUCUGACCCGUUCCCUCACACACUCUCUGAUUCACCCUCACUCACUCCCUCCAACCUAUCCUCAAAUACAACGUCCAACGCAUCCUCACCAACGCUGUCUGACACCCCUGCUCUCCCCCCAUCCAACGCUCCUCCCAGUCCAUCAACCAACCUGCCUGCUGACGCCCCGUUCAGCCAAACCCCCACCUCCACUCAGAUCCUGCUGGACCCCACAACCAACUCCUCCGACCCCGCCUCUGUGAGCCCGUCCCUGGAGCCCCAGUCUGACGCCGCCCUAUGGAACAGCACAGCCCACAGCUCUCUGGAUACACAAGCUGACAGCAGCCCCGUGGUCGAGCCAGUCGACGCUCAUUAGCAACAGUCAAUUUGAUUUAAGCAGCUAUUCCAGGUAUAUUAACAUGAAUUCUAAAUAGAAAAGAAGCAGUGGAGGUGUUGCAGAAAAAUGAAUGAAAGUGUGUGACAGAAGGACAAGCCGUUCUCUUCCUCCUUAUCUCUCUAUUCCUGCGUGUUACACUAACUCCUCCUUAUGGCACUUAGUGUUUAACUAUAUGUUCUGUCACAGCUUUGCACCUGCAGCUUCCUGUAUCAGCAGACACAUGCUUGUCCACUUUGUUGUUCUAAGCUUGUCAUACAGCUGCAUCAUAGAAUUAAGUCAGAUGUAUGUAUUAGUUAGAAAGUUAGAAUUUGAGGUUGUUGUGUUGAGUGACCCAGCUAAAGCUAAAGGCAGGGAUAGAUGCCGUUUAAGAUCAGUGUAUCCCUAAAACUAACUUAGCAACUAAUAGGACUUCAAUGGAAAUCUGUCUGUAAUUGGUAACUAAAGCUUAUGCUGGGACUAACCACAGAAGCUGACAUAUCAGAGGAAGCUUAACAAUCAUAAUGUGUUCUCCUGUAAAUGAAGUUUGAAGCUGUAGUUAGUGAUUCUUUAAAGUUUCUGUCAAUAGUUUCUAGUCAUAACAUCCUACAUACUUCUUCUCUCUGUUCAGCUUCAUGUCAGUUAAUUUAAUAUUUGUGGCAACAUAUUGGUGAAUCAUUUUAAAUUCGGUGUGCACAUUUAUUGGGAUCUUUGGCGCAACUUAAACCUAAGCACUAAUGCAGAAUGCCUUUAUAUAAAAGUAGAGUUUAUGAAAUUAUUACUUUUGAUCGAACCUUUUUCCCCAGACAUAGAGAUCGAAAGUGCCUGUAAAUGCAUAUGUUUUGCAAAAUGUAUUGACUCAGUAUUUUAAGUCAUUAUAAUGACACUAAGCAAUUUGAUUAGAUUUUUUUGUCUCCUAAAAAUCAAUGAACAUAUUCAAUAUUCAUUAAAAAUUUAAAUUUGAAUUAUAACAAACUUAUAUGAGAUAAACAGUAUUCUGUGUAGCAGAAAGUGGAUUGUCGUUGGAUGUAACCUUAGUUUCACUGUCAAAAGUUCAGCAAAAAGAGCAAUAAAUGUUUUUGCAUCUUUGAUUAUCAGUAAAUCUAAUCCACACAGGUGUAAACAUUUACAUUAACAACAGAUUUUUUUGUCCUGCUAACUAACCAAAUAUUACCUAACAGUCAGUUUUGUUUCAAGCUAGUACAGAACAGCUAUAUUCAUACACGUAAGCAUCAGUACUGUACCCCAUCAGUACUGGCAUUAGUUAUCUUGUUCACUGUAAAGUCAGGGUUGACCUAACCUUAGCAAUUAUAGAUGUGCCUUUAAGUAAGGAGAAAAAGAUGGCAGGAAUAUCUAAAUAAUCCUGGAUUCAGAAACGUUCCAAAUGUUAUAUGUGGUAGGAGAUAUAUUUAACAUGUUUGUCAGGCUCCAGAGAUAUCACUGGGUUUUGAUAAAAGACAUUGAAUGUUUUCAAAACCGUGUUCAUUUCUAAAGGAAAUCCCACGGGUUACUUAUGACCUUGUUUUUGCACACUGUACAAAAUAAGGCUCUAACUCAGUUCUAGUCUGACUCACCAGAUGCAGGUUAGGUUCAUGCAAUAAGCCAUGCCUGCUUUCUGUCAAUUGUUGUAAAGAUCUACAAUGAAUAAAACAACUGGUCAGUCUGGUUUGAUUGGCCACAUCUUUUCAAACAUCCCCAGUCAAUCAAUACUUAAAUAUGUUCUAUUUUGCAUUGGGGGUCUGAUCUCAGACCAUCCCAACUCCCCACUGCAUCAGCAAACUUUCUGGUGCCGCUGUCAACAGAGCUGUUCUCCUCCCAGAGAGUCUACCCACAGCUGUCACUGUCUUUAAUUUAGAUAUGGCAGUGUCAGCUGUGUGAUGCUAACAGUUAGCCCUGUCACUGUGUGUGUUCCCCACUGACUCUCUUUCGCAAGUGCACCAUCACUGCGAUUGUGAUUGUUUUAGACAAUUAAAAACAAGCCACAGUAUUUUUCUCCUAUAGCAGAAUGGUAACAUGGUGAUAGGUCUAGCUACAUGAAAUUAACUAAAUUCUGAUCAAAUAUUAAAUCCUGAACACACUUUUCUACAUAUCUCUACCUAGAAAAUUAGCCCACAACAACUCCUCAUUGAAAGCAAGUAAGACGGAAGUACUGCUCCAAAGAUCCCAAAGAAACAUGCCUGAUCAACCAAUGCAAUACAAGUUACAUCAGUUAAUAAAUUAUCUAUGCGUCUCUGAGCUACAUACUGUGUGUUCUGAGGAAGGUGCAAUAAAAAACCAUAACAAA